GAAACCCAAAAGUCUACUCAACACUCAUCUGAAGCUGUUUAUUUUCACUAAAUGUGUGAUGUUACUGGAAUCAACAGAAGCCCGAAUUGGAAUGGAUGUGAUUGACAUCACCGAUUGCCCGAACAAGCCCCCAUUAAAGGGGUUGGAUCUCUCGAAUCUUUCGUUCUGGAUGAACGAAAAGGGUGAGGUUAUCAUGGACGGUAACGUAACAUUUUUGGUGGAACAUGGCGCCCCCUGGUCUUGGAUAAUGCACACGCAACGUUUGGAACGCGGAACGUGGGCGACAGGAAUUGUGAGAAAGAGCGUGCCGGAUUUCUGCAAAAGUUGUCAUAACCCUUUGGAGUUGUGGAGCGGGCUGAUGAAAUACGUUAAGAUCCAGAAAUGUCCGGUUCCGGCUGGGCAUGUGGAAUCUUUUGAUCGGGUUAACUUGGGAUCUUUCGGGGUCAGCGUGCCAACUGCACUCAUAGGAGAAUGGAACCUUUUCAUAGAAACAACUUUGGGUAAAAAUUAUCAUGAUUGUUUUAUGGUCGAAGGAUCUGUUCUUGAAAUUUAAUCAUCUUCAA